AUGCUGUCCUUCCAAUCUCCUCAUAAGUUUAUUGUCAUGUUUAUUUCUAUAUGUAUCAUACAAAGCUUCACUUUCACAGAAGCCCUUAAAGCUACAUGUACACUCAUGUACGCCCCAGUCGCUGGUAAUGGAGACGCUGUCUGCCACGAGACAAUAGAUAGAAUAUGGUUUUGCCCAAUAAAACAGUGCUCAAAGGAUUAUCGCCAAUACGCAGCAAUGUCGGGUUGUAUACACGUCAGCUUCCCUGGAGCGAGCAAUCAACAAUGUACAGGCUAUAGGAACCGAGCUGAUGGUAAAUACGACUGUUGGAACAAUGGAAACCAACAAUACGCUUGUCCUAAACCCUCUGAUAUGCCCUUCAUCACUUGUUCACAAUGCAGAUCAGCAAACCAAAGGAAGUAG